CAAUUGACAAUUGGCGCAGCCAUAAGAGUUAGGUGGUGAGUCUGGUGACUGGUGAGUAGUUGAAGAAACGGCGGAGAUUCCCAAGUGCCCAAACCCCCCAUCUCUCUCUUCUCCUUCCUCUUUCCUUUGGUGCCUAAACCCCACCAAAGAAACCAGCUACACAGAGCCAAAAUGCAUGUGCUUCGAUUUACUCGAGCUUACCUCCGGCCCUCCAUUAUUCUUCUGCAACCCUCUUCUUCCUUUUCUUCUUAUUCUUCUUCAGCUGCUGCGGUUGAGGCGGAGAGGGCCAUCAGAGAUGGCCCCAGGAACGACUGGACCAGACCCGAGAUCAAGUCCAUUUACGACUCCCCCCUUCUCGAUCUCCUUUUCCAUGGGGCUCAAGUUCACAGACAUGCUCAUAACUUUAGGGAAGUGCAGCAGUGUACUCUUCUCUCUGUUAAAACGGGUGGAUGUAGUGAGGAUUGUUCAUAUUGUCCUCAGUCCUCCAGGUAUAGCACUGGAGUAAAGGCCCAAAGGCUUAUGAACAAGGAUGCUGUUCUGCAGGCAGCACAAAAGGCAAAGGAAGCUGGCAGCACACGCUUUUGCAUGGGUGCUGCAUGGAGAGACACAGUAGGAAGGAAAACCAACUUCAAUCAGAUGCUUGAAUAUGUUAAAGAAAUAAGAGAUAUGGGAAUGGAGGUCUGCUGCACCUUGGGGAUGCUAGAGAAGCAGCAAGCUAUAGAACUUAAGAAGGCGGGUCUGACAGCAUAUAACCAUAAUCUUGAUACCUCAAGAGAGUAUUACCCCAAUAUCAUUACAACAAGAAGUUAUGAUGAACGCCUGGAAACUCUUCAGUUUGUCCGUGAAGCAGGAAUCAACGUCUGUUCAGGAGGAAUCAUUGGGCUUGGAGAAGCAGAAGAGGAUAGAGUUGGGUUGUUGCAUACAUUAGCAACACUCCCUACGCACCCAGAGAGUGUUCCCAUCAAUGCACUCCUUGCAGUGAAAGGCACGCCUCUUGAAGAUCAGAAGCCAGUUGAAAUAUGGGAGAUGGUCCGGAUGAUUGCAACAGCCCGGAUUGUGAUGCCAAAGGCAAUGGUCAGGUUGUCAGCUGGUAGAGUUCGGUUCUCAGUCCCCGAGCAGGCAUUGUGCUUUCUUGCAGGUGCAAAUUCAAUCUUCACUGGUGACAAGCUGUUGACAACUCCUAACAAUGAUUUCGAUGCUGAUCAACAAAUGUUCAAGCUGCUUGGGCUGAUUCCAAAAGCCCCCAGUUUUGAUGAGGGUGAGGCGAAAACUUCUGAAGCAGAGAACUGUGAGCAAGCUGUUUCUGGUUCAGGUUAAGAAUCUAAGAUCACUUCUGUAAUUCUUUAACUGUGCGCUAGCCCUGUUAUUUUUCAUUGUUUUAUUUUGAGGAAUUAAAAUUGAUGAAUUUCUGUAGAGUAGUAUAAAUUACAAAUUUUGAUGUUUAUAUUCAUUUGCAGUUGUGGUUUGUUUUUAGCA